AUGGGAUCCAAAGUCACAGUCAUUGGUAGUGGCAACUGGGGCAGUGUUGCAGCUAAGCUUAUUGCCUCCAACACCCUCAGGCUAAGCUCCUUCCAUGAUGAAGUGAGGAUGUGGGUAUAUGAGGAGACAUUACCAAGUGGGGAGAAGCUCACAGAUGUUAUCAAUCGAACCAAUGAAAAUGUCAAAUAUCUCCCUGGAAUCAAGCUUGGCAAAAAUGUUGUUGCAGAUCCAGACCUUGAAAAUGCAGUGAAGGAUGCCAAUAUGUUAGUCUUUGUGACUCCACAUCAAUUUAUGGAAGGAAUAUGCAAAAGGCUUUCUGGGAAAAUAAGGGCAGAUGCUGAGGCUAUUUCUCUUGUCAAAGGGAUGGAGGUCAAAAUGGAAGGCCCAUGCAUGAUUUCUAGUCUCAUCUCCCAGUUACUGGGAAUCAAUUGUUGUGUUUUAAUGGGAGCCAACAUAGCAAAUGAGAUAGCUGUAGAGAAGUUUAGUGAAGCAACUGUUGGAUACAGGCAUAAUAGAGAAGUUUCUGAGAGAUGGGUUCAGUUAUUUUAUACUCCCUAUUUCAUUGUGACAGCUGUUCAGGAUGUUGAAGGAGUUGAACUCUGUGGAACUCUGAAAAAUAUUGUGGCCUUAGCAGCAGGUUUUGUUGAUGGCCUGGAGAUGGGAAAUAAUACGAAAGCUGCAAUCAUGAGACUUGGUCUUAGAGAGAUGAAAGCAUUUUCAAAGUUGUUGUUUCCAUCAGUUAAGGACAGCACCUUUUUUGAGAGUUGUGGUGUAGCUGACCUUAUCACAACAUGCUUGGGUGGAAGAAACAGGAAAGUUGCUGAGGCUUAUGCAAAGAAUGGGGGAAAGAGGUCUUUUGAUGAGCUUGAAGCAGAGAUGCUUCAAGGCCAGAAAUUACAGGGUGUCUCAACUGCGAGUGAGGUUUAUGAGGUUCUAAGCCAUCGUGGGUGGCUAGAGUUGUUUCCUCUCUUCUCAACAGUGCAUGAGAUAAGCACUGGUCUCCUUCCACCAUCAGCCAUAGUUGAAUACAGUGAGAAGCUACCCAGAUCGUUCUAA